AUGGACGCUGGAGAAUUCUUCAUUCUCAUCAUCGUAGCGAUUCUCGCAUACUGGUUUGGUGCGAACAGUGUCGCGCCUGGAAUUUCUCAAGGUUCUGGCUUUUUGACAGAUACUGCAACGGGAAUCAACUUUCCCAACUCCAAGACGUUUGCAGUCAACAAGGGUUCCAUGUCACUAGCCGGCAUUGGGACACGAAAGAAGGCGUUCAUAAAUAUCUAUUCUCUGGGCUUUUAUGUGUCUAAUCCGCUACAGAAGCAACUCACCAAGGCAGCCGCAUCCUCUUCCAAGACAACAACCUGCGAAACGAUUCUUGAGUCCAACCAACCAAAAGCAGUCGAGUUGACCUUUGCCAUGGGAAUUGGACCAGAAAAAAUUGCCGAAGCCAUUGCGCAACUAGCAAAUGUAAAAGAAGAGAUCAAGAACGAAUUCCACACCAUGCUUCUGGACGGUAUGGGCGAAGGAAAUAUGAAAAAGGGAGAGUCAAUAACCUUUGAAUGGAAGGGAAAAGAUACCAUUUUGGCUUCUGCUCGGGGGAAGCCCAUUGGUGAAAUGAAGGACAAGGCCCUGGCUGAAGGCGUCCUGCAACUUUACCUGAAUAAAGAGAAGGGAGUCUCACCGUCCUUGUUGCAGAACAUGGGCUGCAUCAGGGAAUAA